CACACACACACACAGAGAGAGAGAGAGAGAGAGAGAGAGAGAGACAGAAGCUCUCACACGUGGAGGAUCAAACUCUGUUCCACUUCAGGAGAAACUUCAUCUGCUGCUGCCUUCUUUCCUGAGUGGGGACACACGUGACAGUUAUGCUGCCUGGAGGAGCAAAUAGGUGAUUGUUAGUGCUGGUCGUGCAGCUGGAGCCACUGCUGCCGCUGGAGCAGGGACGACGAGCUUCGGCUGAGGACCCAGACCUUGAUGGAAAACCUGUGGAGGAGGACGCAGGCGGGGAGGUGGUUGGAAAACUCGCUGCUGCUGUGUUUAUUCAGCGGUGGCAUCGAGGCCCAGUGUAAGGGUUGUAUGGAGUACUGCUGCGACGGGUCACCACCUUUCUGUUGUUCCUACUAUGCCUACGUGGGCGACGUCCUUUCGGGCACUGCCAUCUCCGGUAUUGUCUUUGGUGUGGUGUUUCUGAUGGGGGCGGUAGCGGCCUUGUUCCUGUGCGUGUGCAUGUGUUUGAAGAACGGACAGGGUGCGAGGGUCGGCGUGUUUAACACAUCCUUCAUCAGCACUGUGACACAGGGGUAUCCAGGUCCUCCACCUCCAUACACCUACGACUACGAGAUGUACCCCUCCUCACUGCACCCGCCGCCCUACACACCAACGCAGCCUCAGCCGACCAACUGUUCCCCUCCUCCUCCCUACCCAGGCUGCACCCGCAAGUGAUUCCCAACAUGCUGCAGGGCUCGAUUAUCACAUGUGAUGGUUGUUGAUACACCACUGGCCUGUGGAAAAAACGGUGGAGAUAAUUAAAGAUAGGCAUAAAAAGUCUCUACUGAAGUGGGAGUUCACAGUUUUGGAAGUGUUUUUGCCUGCGGCAUUGACACAAAGUCUACUUUGACUUCUAGAAGGGAGGUGGGGGGGAGGGGGGUAGGCAGUUCUGUGAAUUUAUGAUGGUGUGGUGUUUGGUCAGAUUUAAACGUGCAUCUUCUCUCCUGUGACCUGUGGGUGGCGUGGGUGACAUUUU